GAGACAGGCCGGUUCCCUGCUUACAAGGAGUUGGUGGCCGAGUACUGCUGGCUCAGUCGCUUGACCAACGGGCAGCUGCAACAGCUGGCUCAGACGUCAGAAACCAGCUCCUCCAUCUCCUCCUACUCUUCAGGACCAGCACCAGGGGCAGUGAAUGGGCUGGGGGCAGCUGCCCCAGUGCCCCCAGCCCGCACUGUGGAUGUGGCCAUCUCCACGGAGGACGGGCCUCGGCGGGGCUGGGUGCGGGAACGUGCCGAGCGGGCCAUGCAGACCGAGCCAGCCGCCGAGGGGCUGCCAGAGACACAGCGCACAGUGCGGCCCCCCGAGCUGCUGCGGGACACGGCCAUCCGGGGCCAGGGCAGCCGCGAGACCCCCGGCACCCACCCACGCCGGACCUUCACACACUCACCCAAGACAGCGCUUCUGCUGGCACUGAGCCGGCCACGGCAGCCCAUUACACGCUCCCAGAGUGACCUCACUGUCGCUGAGGAGAAGCGGAAGAAGGAGAAGCCAGAGGGACAAGGGGCACGGGGAGCUCCCCCAGGAUUGCACCGCUCCAAGACCCUUGUCAACCUCUUUUUCAAGGGGGGCCGUGCCACCAGCCAGAGCUGGGCCCCCCCUAGCCAGGAGGCCCCUGGCUCUGAUCGCCGGGCACGCACCAAGUCCCCAGGGCGCUCUGAUGGGGACAGAGUAGGCGCUGUGCAGAAGUUUGUCAUCCGGAGCCUGAAGCGGGAGAAAAGCCGGCGUGCCAGCAUCCUGGGCCCCAUGGGCAUUGCCACCCUGCAGCCCAACGGCAGCGACCCUGAGGCCCGGCUCCCACACAUCCAGGACACCGCUGCACGUCUCCUCAGCCCCGAUGAGGUGACAGCCGUGCUCCGCCACUGCACCCGGUACCUGCAUGAGGGCAGUGUGGAGGACUUGGUGCGGCCACUGCUGGCCAUCCUGGACCGGCCGGAGAAGGUCCUGCUGCUGCGGGACGUGAGGAGUGUGGUGGCCCCUACAGACCUGGGCAGGUUUGACAGCAUGGUGAUGCCCCUGGAGCUGGAAGCCUUUGAUGCCCUAAAGAGCCGCUCAGUGCGCUCACCUGCCCUCCGCCCAGCCCACCAUGACGUCCCCCCCAAGAGACACCUCAUCACACCAGUGCCUGACUAUCGGGGCGGAUUCCUGCUGAAGCCAGCAGGGACCCCAGAGCCGGAGGAAGCUGGGGAGCAGCAGGCAAGCCCAGCCCGUCCGAGAGCCUCCCUCAGCCCCCGCCGGCCUCACCCCCGCACCUACACCCCACUCCCUGACGUGCCAGUGGAUGCCUAUGCCUCUGCCAGCCGGCCUCUGCCCACCCUUGGCCCUCGGCCCCCCAACUGGCUGCUGGCUGAGCCCCCCUCUGGCAAGGGGCAUGGGCACUCUCGCAGCCCCCGGGCCACCUGGCGCAAGGAGCCCCCCAGGACAGCACCCAACAGAGAAGCUGAAGUGCUGGGGAAGCCCCAGCGGGCACGGCCCCCUCUUGGCCCUCUCUUUGGGGGACCAGGGGGUGAGGCAAGGGCUGGGGCAGCCACCAAUGGCCCCGAAGAUGUUGGCAAGGAGGAAGAAGAGGAGGAAGAGUAUCAUCUGCUCACUGUCACCCUCUCCAAGCUGAAGCACUCACUAGGUAUCAGCAUCUCUGGAGGGAUUGAGUCAAGGGCACAGCCAGUGGUGAAGAUUGAGAAGAUCUUCCCUGGUGGAGCUGCCUUCCUCAGUGGUAUCCUCAAGGCCGGGCAGGAGCUGGUGUCGGUGGAUGGGGAGAGCCUGCAGAACGUCACGCACCAGAGGGCUGUGGACAUCAUCCGCCAGGCCUACCGCAACAAAGCCAAGGAGCCCAUGGAGCUGGUGGUGCGGGUGCCUGGACCACCACCGGAGUGAUGCUGCAGCCCCUAGUCGAGGAGCCAUGCUGUGCUCCAGAGGAGCCAGAUGGCUCAUUCCUGCACCGAGCUGUGGCUGGUCUCAGUGCAGCCAGAGGGUGUGAGAGCCAGACCUGCUCCAGGGGCAUGGAGCAGCUGCCCACUGCAGGACCCAAGGAAGGGCAGCACUGGCAACACAGGGGAAGGACAAGUGGUCCCUGACCCUGCUCUGGACACACAGACAGAGUCCUGAAAAAAAAACACAGCCAGGGGCUUGUUUUUAAUUGCCGUUUCCGGGUGGUACACGGAUGAGCCAGGCUCUGGGAAGGAGACGUGACUGAAAUAAAGUACAAAAAUCCCCCCCUGGAGCCAGGGGUGACCAAGCCA